AUGAGCAUAAGAGAGCGAGACCAACAACUGGGUCUUUUGAGGGCGUUCCUCACGUCAUCGAGGGAAACUGCACCUAAUUCAUUAAUCCUCCAAGGUCCAACAUCAACGGGGAAGAGCAUCGUGUUGAAACAGGUAUUGGACCAAUUGCCAGUGAAGUUCAGCAUUAUACACUGUGAUGAGUGUGUGUCGUAUAAAAUAUUGUGGAAGAAAAUCCUCCAGAGUGUUCAGUUGGACUCUGGUUUGAUACAGAAGGACGAACUGUCGUAUGAUGCGUUGGCAACUACCAACUUCCAGACUUUUAUCAAACAGAUGAGCGUGUUUCUCGAGGACUACCACUACGACGAACUACAUUACGUUGUGCUGGAUCGAAGCGAUCAGAUCAUGGACGAUAUCGAAGUACUGUUCAAGAACUUUAUCAAACUUCAGGAGGUUUCACCGUUGAAGAACUUGAGUUUCAUCUUUGUCACUAGGACCAUACCAAGCUGUAUAACCACGAGCUCAACGCCUGUGAUUAUCUUCCCGAGCUAUUCAGGUGACGAACUGAUAAGAAUUUUGGGCUCAGCUCCUUUAUGUCGAUUCAACGUGGAAGUUGAAGGGAAGGUACUGGAGAGAUUUUGGAAGCAAUACGUCAAACUGGUCGUGGAGAUGUACUCUUCUUAUACAAACAAUAUAAUGGUGCUAAAGCUGAUAUUGACGAGGAUAUGGCCUAUAUUUGUACAGCCAAUUGAGGAAGGAGAGCUGAAGCCAAAUGAGUUUCUUACUUUAUACAGAAGAAACUACAAAGCUAUCGGCUCUGACUACGUUAUAUCUUCUUCGCUGGAUACUGAAUGGGAUGACGAGGAAAAUGAGCACCAGUCAUCGAAUCUUCCGACUAUUUCGAAGUAUAUCUUGAUCUCGACGUAUAUCGCCUCUUAUAGUGAAUCCAAAAGCGAUUGGACAAUGUUUUCAAGACUCAAGGACUAUCACAGGAAGAAAACGUUUAGAAGAUCUACUAGAUCUUCCAAUAGAGUCAAUCAAAGGUUGCUGGAUGCAAGCUAUUUCGACUUGGAGAGGGCAUUGGCCAUACUACAGGCAAUAUACACGAUCGAGACGGGGUCAAAUCUUCACACGGACAUAGAUAUCAUGACUCAAGUGGCCAAUUUAUCAUCGAUGAAGCUGCUGUUAAAGUCUAAUAACAACGACUUUAUAUCUGCAAAGACUAAGUGGAAGAUUAACUGUUCUUUUGAAUACGUUAAAUCACUGGCUGAUGAUUUGAACUUCCCAAUAGACCACUAUUUAACAGAAUGA